GGCCCGGUUUCCGGUUCCGGUCGGCGCCUGUUUGUCGGCCGUUUUGCUACGUGUCUUGGAGUUGGCGAGCGGACCGCGGGCAGGCAUCAUGGAUCAGGUAAUGCAGUUCGUUGAGCCAAGUCGGCAGUUUGUGAAGGACUCAAUUCGGCUGGUGAAAAGAUGCACCAAACCGGAUAGAAAAGAAUUCCAGAAGAUUGCCAUGGCAACUGCAAUAGGAUUUGCUAUAAUGGGAUUCAUUGGCUUUUUUGUGAAAUUGAUCCACAUUCCUAUUAAUAACAUCAUUGUGCUCCGGACGUGCAGGCUCAGCGGCCAUGGCUCACGGGCCCAGCCGCUCCGCGGCACACGGAAUCUUCCCGGACCGGGGCACAAACCCGUGUCCCCUGCAUCGGCAGGCGGACUCUCAACCACUGCGCCACCAGGGAAGCCCGAGAAGGUGAUUUUUAUUUUCAUCAUUGAUCCAGGUUUUUGAGUGAUUAUGGGAAGAUAUAGUGGUUGAGAACCAGCGUAGUACUCUGCACUCUCUGAUUUUCAAAUGGCUGAUUGUACAUCAAAUUGAAAAAGUUCUCAACUAACCGCCCUGUUAUGUAAUUCAUAUUUUUCAUCUUGUUGAGAAAGAUGUUAUGCUAGACUGUUAACCAUGUUUUCCAAAUGAGGAUUCUGAGGUUUAACAGAUUAAGGCUGCUCCACCAGCCACGUCCUCUGUAAGGACCUUUUCAGUUCCAAGAUUUUAAAGUUCAGUUUCUUCCCUUUUGUGCUGUUUUGGAGUAAUGUAGGCGUGGUUCUCAAAUAACUGGUUUUGGUUCCGUAAAAUUACAGCAUAUUGCAUUUCAAAUUUUUCUUAUUAAAAUCUUAUGUACACUCAAAAUUGACC